AUGAGAACCCUAAUACCAGGGGAAGAGCAACCAAAAUCGCAGACGUCAAACGAAUCACAGGGAGGGACGUCGUCCCUGAUAAGACGGCCACGAUACGACCGUGUUAGGGAGGCCUGCGAGAGGUGCCGUGUCAAAAAGUCCAAGUGCGACAAUGGCCGCCCAUGCUCUCGUUGUAAGGACGACGGUGUGUUCUGUACGACUAGUACAGGAAAGAAGAAGGAAUACAAACAACCACCCCCAGGCAACCAAUCGUGGGACCGACAAGAACCAGACCUGAACCAAGAGGGGCAGCCAGUUAUACACACUAUUGCUCGUUUACUAGGAUGCGCCCGCCAUGUCGAUGAUACUAUUUCCGUGAGAGAAAGCUUUCCGGAGACAGAGUCCGACAUGGUAGACCUAGCUUGCCAACUGCUUCACCACCAGCGUUCCCAAGGACAAAGUCCCCCCGCGACGGAUGCAGAUGGCUCAUUACCGUCCAGUUUAGACUCCCCGCCAUAUGAACCGACAAGUCAAACGACAUUCCUGGAUACCGCAGCCUGCGUAGCUACUGUACCUACGCCAAGCUUUGCCGAAAAUUCCGACGAGGACUCUAGGACCCCAUCCCACAAUCUUCAAGUAAACGGCCCGUACGACACGUGUAUUACCCCCGAAUUAUUCCUUACGGGAUCAGUAUUCCAGGACUGGGGCGCCGGGUUGGAGCCUUGCAACAUAGAACCGUAUGAUGCUCGAGAGAUUUUUGAUAACGAUUCCAUGUCACAAGGCGAUACUAUCGAGUGGCAAAACUUUCUGCUUUCUCUGUUGAGUUGA